AUGGAAUCGAAACGUGACGGAUUGAGGAUGUCAGUAAAGCCAAAAGUCUAUUUUGACAUUGAACUCUAUGAACCAUCACCGAAAAGGAGGAAAGCUGUGGUAAAGAGUGUUCCAGUCGUAGUUGGAAGGAGUCCUGACAAAAUGGAAAGAAGAACUACGCAAGUGCGGAGAAGCCAUCUUUCCAGUAAAAUGUCAAAUGAGUUCCUAUCGCAAUCAGAAGAAGAAUCCGUUGAAUCAUCUGACGACGAUAUGGCCUCCUCUUCAGGAGGCUCUGACUCAAAUGAUAUCAUAAUAUGUAUCAAUUGUCGUCAGUUAAUUCAGUACAAACUUCAUAUAAAAUGCGGCGAAUGUCCGGCAAUGAUAUGUAUAGAUUGUUUUUCUUAUGGUUGUGAAGCGGGUCCCCAUUUACGUGGUCAUAAUUAUGAAAUUCGCGAUCCUCUUGGUGGUCGAACAUUUGACGCUAAAGGAAGUUGGGGUGCCAUAGAAGAAAAGAGACUUCUGGCAUCUGCUUACCGUUAUAAGCUCGGUAAUUGGGGUGAAGUUACCAAACUAAUGGAAACUAAUCGUUCUGUUAGUCAAGUCCAGGAAUACUAUGACCGCUUUUUUAUUCGUGGUCCUAUUGGGCAGAUUGCUUUAAAACGUUUAAAGUGGGAGGAGAAUAAAAAAGCAAUGAUUGCUGAUGGUACUUUCAUUCAGCAAAUCGAGACGGAUCGUAUAACUUAUAUGCUCACCGUUAUUGAUGCGCUUAAAGAAAGCAAGACAAAACUGGAUCCAGAGAAUCCUAAUCUUACUAAUGAAGUGGAUGACCUGGUGCAAAAGCACCUCAGUCGUUUGCAGCUGGAUUCUGAUGAUCGCCCUAAUUUGAACAGCGAACAGUCUGCGGUACUCGAUGAGGUCAGUGAACUAGCUCUAAGCGACGACUCAUGCGAUCCAUCUGACAUGGACGAAGUCGACAAGAAGGCUCCCGAAGAUGCUUAUUCGACUGGGUUAGAACCAGAGAACGAUAGCGACGAUGAAGAUACCAACAUGUCGGCACCAUCUGGAGCCUUCAGAACGGCGAAGCUCGACGCGAAGGUAGAAAAUAAGUGCGUGCGAAAAUCUUCGCGUCAGAGUGCUGUUCUUUUAAGGCCUAGCAAGGUGCGAAUAAGAUGUGGGCUGCGUAAGUCAAAUCGUGAGAAAAACGGACGGUCUUCUCGUUACAGGAGGGUCAUGCCAGACAGUUCUUCAACUGAUGAGGAUUCCGUAAGCGCGGACGAUGCUGAACCUAUGGAAACUGAUCAGACAUCUGCUGAUGACCGUCAUGAACCCACUCACGGCCUUGAAAAGGAACAUUCAACGGAUGAAUACACUGCUUCUGAAUCCGAGGCUACCAAAAGAUCUUCGACUAAACAGUUCAGCUCUAGUUCUGUGCGCAGAAAAAGGCGAGCUAGGUUCGUAUCGAAGAAAGCACGCAGAUUGAAGGAAUUCCAAAAACGUAUGGCACGAAUGAAUAAAGCUGCUGAAAAAAGACUUCAUGAGUUGUCCGAAUUAUGUCCGGCCGAAGAUAUCCGUGGUUUACGUGAUACAAAGCCAAACCUGGCGUUGUACACACACGAUUACUCGUCAAAACCCAAAGUACGGCAAAGCGAUAUGGAUAUGCUAGCAUACAAUGCUGCCAGAAAUGAUUUUGAAUGGGAGUGGUAUAAUGAUGCGGAACAAUUGAUCAGUCGUCUUAUGAUUCAAGAAUCGUCUGAUAAGGUUGAAGAUCUUGAAAAUGACAUUAAGUUUGCCCGCCUUGAAAGGUAUAAUCGCAUCUUAAAGACACGCAAGACCUAUAGACGUGCCAUUGUGGAACACGACAAAAUCCCGGAGUUUUUUAGAUUUAUGAUGAACAUGACUAUGGAGAAGCGUAAAGCCAGCCAAAUUUUCGAGCAACGUUCGCCUCUGGAGAAGUUGUUGGCUCGCGCUCAACAGUGUUUGACAAAGAAAGAAAUUGAAGAUCUCAGAAACCACCUUGAAAAAACAAACGAGUUGUUGGAGAGAAUCUCGAAACUUCAAGAACUUCAGCGUAGUGGAGUUAUAACCUUGAAAGAGGCCGUGCCCCUGAUGAUCGCGCUGCACUGGACUCACAUGCUUAUGGAUUCUUUGCCGUCACUUCUGUUCCUUACCACCGUCAUCGAACUGUAUUGCAAAUUCUCAAUGUUUUCCUCUCUGUUGUUAUCCAAAAAGAGGUUUCGAUGUUGCGGUAAGAAGGAAAAGCAGUCGAGAUCGGGUAUUGUACCAUGCUCCUUGGAGAGCAUGAUUGGGGAGAAGGUCCUUAUCAUGGAUGAAGUUGUUAUCGAAGGUCCUGCCAAACUUUCAUUGUUCAAGCUAAAGCUUGGAAGACCUCAUCUUCAAAUCAGGACUCCUUUGUCGCGUUUCCAUCUCCGUAGUAGUACGAUUUUCCAUAACACUGGUGGAUCCGCUAGUUCUUCCAAGGAAAAUCAGUCAGGAAGUUCUUCGUCCCAGGGAUCUGCAGCAUAUCCUGUUAAUGUAGAUGCAGUGUUAGGCGCCAAUACCGUAGAGGAUAUAGCAGACACUCAUCCUGAUUUUGCUCGCCUUCUUCUUGAUUGCUAUUCUGCUGGAUGUGAUCUGGAAGAAUACAAACGGGAAUUUCAACGACUAAAAAAUCUUCGAAUCAAAAGACAAGGAGGUGUAAAUCAGACCCUAAGUUUCUCUCUAUUUCCUUCUGUCCCUUCUGAUCUUCCUGGUCAUUUGUUCGUUCGGUUGAUGAAAUUCCACUCUCUUUAUGAGGGGGCUUGUAGAAAGUAUUUGACCGACGUUGUGAAUAGAAGGGCGGAAGCAGCUCCAACAUUUCCGUACGACCUUUCAACAAUAGGAAUCCAAGAGUUAAUUCAUGGAAGCUCUUCUGUUGACCUUUCUGCUUCAAGAAGCGUUGAACAUCAAUCAUGUUCUGUUCCUUACCAAGGAGAAGAGUUCCGUUUCACAGAACCAUCGGGAUUGGGUCAUAGACACUUGGCUGCGGAGGUCGCCUACUCUCCUGCUGUGAACACCGGAAGCAUGCGGAGAUUCCCUCAACAAGGCACACAUGGAGAUCAGCAGAAUUUAGUGAUGGGGAUGAGUACAGAUGAAGCCUGCCUGCAAUUAGAUCCAACAAUGAUGUCGCACGGAACGAUGCAGCUGCAAGGUAGUUCUACAAUGGUGGACAGAAGAUUAGCUCCAACACCUCUACCAACGUGGUCAAUACAGCAGUCAUCCGUUAAUGAACCGGAACUACGGUCUCGGAUGGCGACACCUCUCCCACCGCUGGAAAUUCGGCAGUGUCCAAUGCUUCAAACUGGUAUGGGCACCCCUGUUCCUCGAGUGGAAAGCAGAGCUAUGCAGACUCCGAUCCAGCAUUUACGGAGCACUCCGCUUGCAACGCCUGUUCCUCGGGUAGAAAGUAGGCAGAGCUAUAGUGUUGUGUCCGGACCUCAUGGUCAGCAAUUCACACAAAUGCGUUCUUCCUCUGCAAUGCAUAUUGCAUCCUGUAGUGAUAAUCGAAUGAUGACUACAACGCCAAUGAUUGGGACUGGUGACCACUCCAUGCAAAACCAGGUGUCUCCGUUUGCAACUCCAACUAAAAAGCCACGAGCUCGCCGGAAAGUUGCAGCAGUUCCUGGGACAAAUCCAAGUCAGCCACAGCCCGCAAUGACACUGCAAGGUCGCCAGAUGACUGCUACGCCCAUUCCUGGCUGGCAACCACAUCAAGUGACCAAGCAAACUGUAGGCAUGCAUGGACAACCAGUUCAUGUACAGAAUAGAUCCAUGAUGUCUGCCUCAGUAACACCGCUCCAAAGGCAGUUAGGAACACCUGCUUCCGAACACCGCGAGAUGUUGAGCUCCACUCCUCUUCCGGGAUGGGGGUCUCAUCAAGUGGGUCAAAGUGGUUCUCAGGUAGAACGCAGUCCUUUAGUGUCAUCAUUGCCUCCUCUUUCUCAGUUCGCAUCAACGCAAUCGCAUGCACGUCAGCUAAAGACUCCUUACCCUUCCAUGCAGAGUAGGCAGCUGGUAACUCCAGCCCCUCAUAGUCAACCAUGUGAAGCGAUAAACCAACCUUCUUAUGACCAGUCUUCUCAGCUAUAUCCACAAACCCGUGAAAUAAUGACUCCUGCUCCGUUUGCUCAGGCAGAAAGUGUGAGCGUCCCAUAUCCACAAGGUCAGAAUAUAGCCACUCCUGCAGAAAUGUACACUCAACAAAAUAUGCCAUCCUAUCAGUGGUCAGAAGAAAGUUCCAUGAGCGCAUAUCGGCAACAAGGGCAGUAUGUGCAGCACAGCUAUAACCAGCGAUCACAGUUUAAUCAACAGAUCAGUGCUGGAAAUCAGCAAGUUGGAUUUGUUGGUGUCGUCGGUAAUCAGUCAGCGCAAUACUCUACACAGACAGUACACCCUCAGCAGCCCCAUUAUCCUCAGGGCUCUAACGAUGUUCAAAAAGUAUCCGCGUUCUCGCAACCUUACAGCUAUGUGCAGCAGCCAUAUCCAAUGCCUACCUAUCAACAACAAGCAGAUAUAACAUACUCCCAGGAUUCGUCCUACACACACGCAUCCUAUCCUCAGCGCUCCCCAUAUACACCAGCGCAGCAGCAGCAGGGUGAACAGCAACAGCAACAAUCACAACCACAACAACAAAACCAGGCAAUUCAACAGCAUCUCAACCAAUCCAUGCAACAGCAACAACAACACCAACAACAGCAGCCGAUUCAGCGGCAGGUUUACGAGAAUUCGGCACAGUAUGCUGGUCAGUUCAUUCCAACCUACACCACACAGCCUGCAUGUGGUAUGCAAAAUACUCAGCACACACCAGCAGCAAUACAAGUUCACCAGAUGUCGAGCAGCUGCGAAGUUGUUCAGCAUGGAUCUGAAAUUGUCCAUCAGCAGUCCAAUUUCAAUUCUGCGAUGCUGGAUAUGAGUGGUUCUUCAACAGGUACCAUUAAUGAUAUGAUCCAAAACGCUCCAGGCGAAGCUCUGGAUGUCAGUCAGGGUGACAACAGCUACACUAACAUUUCCGGUAGUGCUAUAAUUGAUCCGAUGAUGGAUAAUGAGAUGAGAACUUUCGGCAUUACCCAAGUCCCUCCGCCACCAAGGAAUGACUCCGAGGCUACCGUCCCUGCUCGUACUUCACCGAAUUCUUGUUCACCAGGUCUUGGUGGCGACGAUGAAACGAACUCACUCAUCCCCACUAUUUUUUAUCCUAGCAGUCAGAAUGAUAUGUCAGACUUGAGGAUACAGGAUUCUCCAGUAGAAAAGGGCCUGAACUGCCAGCAUUUCCGAUUUGAUAUAAUCCUGGCGAUGAAGCACCACAGAAUAGCAAAGGAGGAUUACGAGCGCACUUUGCAAGAAUUGGAUCAAAUGGAGAAAGAGAAGUGUGUGGGUCCCCUUGGAGAUAUGCUGAUGAAGAGAUUAGGCUUGAAACGACAGACACAGCAAGGUCAUGGAGGUAAAUUCAGCGUUGAUGAACUAGUUGCAGCAUUCGCAGCGAAUGCUAGUAUCCGAGAUCAUGCUGAAAAGAUGCCUGAACGACGAGACAGUUCUGAGUUGUUCAGUGAAUUUCUGAGUGAAAUUACACCGUCGUCGUUUGCUGUUCCUCUGGACCCAUUCAACGUAGGAAUAACCUUGCCGGUUGCUUCACCUGCUUCGCAGUCCCUACAAAAAUCCAGUAUUCUGCAAUCGGGAGAUACCAACGAUCUAGGUUUUCUUCUUUCGGAUGACGUUAUUGCUGAGUUCGAUUCUUUGUCCAAAUUGGCAAAGCAGACACAGAAACCAGCAUCUGUUGGAGAGUCAUCAUCUUGCGCCGUCGAAUGCAAGCAGCCUUUGUCAGUCGGAAGUCCUACACAUUGCAAGGGAAGUACUAUUUAUGACCAUUCAUCAUCUGGUGGACUUGGUCCUUUGUUCUCGUCUUCAUCUGGCACUCAGAAGUCUUUUGAAGCUCUCUCUCUGGCCGAAAACAAAACCUUUUUGUCUUCCCCUAUCGAGGUCCAAAUAUCCGUCGGGCAGCCUGCUGCUCAAGCUCGUCGUUCUCCCGAUAUUACGUUGGGACCACAAACAGGGGAAACAACUAUAAAUACCCAGUUCGAAUCAUCUUUCCCACCUGUUUUAUUGAAGGAUGAGUCUUCGCAGCCUAAACAAGAUUCUAAACUCCCCAAGAAAAUUGCUUCGAUGAAACCGGCUCUGGAGGGUUGUAAACGCGAAGAGCAAUCUGUUAUUAUUGGUGCACCUGCGUUACCUGCUCGAAAAUCCGAUAUUUUUGCAAACGUUGAGUAUGAGGAUCUGUCACCUGUUUCUCCUGUCGUUAUCAGCCCAGAACCACUCUCAGAUGAACCUGAGUGGUGGCGAAAGGAUGAAAAGACGUUGAAUAUGUCCGCUGUGACAGCUUCUUCAACCACAGUUUCGACGUUGCCGUGUCCUACUCAAGGAGCAAAAUCGGCUAUGAAACGCGAUGAAGAAAGCAUUUAUGAGGAUAAGGAACAUUCAUACAUUAGAGUGAGGGAGCCUCUCUUUAACAAGAAAUCGCAUUCCCCAGAAAGUAUCCAUGAGAAAAAAUCGACAAGCGUUCUAGAAAGUUCAGAAACUCUUCCGCUCUCACGUCCCUUCCAACCGAAGAACUCCGAUGGAGAGGAAUUCGAGCCAAGCACCAGCAAAGAAUCGGAGUCUGUUGUGAAGAAAUAUGUUAAGAAAUCGAACAAAUAUCUGUUUGGAUCUGAUACAUCAUCUGACGAAUCUACUAAAGAGGAAAAUUUUGUAAAUGCUUCAUCAGUGUCUCGUCUACAUCAUUCAAAUUUGUAUUCGUCCGUACCAACUUCUCAUUUGAGAAAGUCUAGAUCACCUCACAGCCAUCACCCAACAUCUCCUCGUUCUUCGAAGAAAAAAUCCAAAAAGUCUUCAGUUCCAUCGAAACAGAUGAAGGAUCCUGCACUUAAAUCAAGUUUGUCAAAAUUGGAGCUGUCACGGGAGCUGCUAGCUAAGCAGAUUUCCGAAAUAAUUGAAGAGGAAAGAAGUAAGCUGCCGUUGGACGAGGCGAAACAACUGAAGAGACCACUAUCACCUGCAACGUUGGAUGUAGUCAUUCAAGACCUGAUGCAGCAUCAUAUUUCGGAGGAUACAAGCCCGAAUCGGGAAUUGUUUGCCUCGAAACUGUUGGGGACGGAUUUGUUUUCGAAAUUAUUUUUCCGAGCUGGGAAGUGUGUCUUCCGCCAUUAUGAAGAACUAGAUGAUCUGAGCAGGAAGGAUAAAGGAAAAGGAUCUUGCCAAAAUCGGCGCAAAGGAGUAAAUUCACGAAAGAGAGAUACAGAGUUACUGAGAGGUAUCAGAAAAUCGCGAGAAAUUCAAAAAUAUAGAGAUGCAGUGAGGGCCGCAAAGGAACCAUCUGAAGCAGAGAAAGCAGCAGCAGCUGAGAGAGCGAAACUGGAGGCGAUGCCGUGGUUAGCACGCUCAACAUUCAAAUCUGACAUUCAACAAGGCUCGUCAUCGAGGUUUGUAAUACCGAAAAAAUCAGCCUCCUCAGGUAGUGGAACCCGACAAAUUUCUGAUACAUCGAAAGUUUCGCUGACUGCUGUUAGAUCUCGUGACUUGUCAUACUCUAGUGAUGCAGACGUGAAACCAUCUAACAAAAUAGAAGACGCAUCUCUAGAUCACCACAAGUGCGGAACAAAUGUAGAGAAGAUAAAUCUUCUCAGACGGAGUCGAUCGCCUCCUGCACCUUCAGGAAGUAAAGCGCUAUUUAAAAAUCACCAGGAAGACCGCACGUCUAAAUCUUCCGAUCUGAAAUCACUCGCAGCUAAGCAGGAAGAGGUGACAGUGUCGUUCUCAUUUACAUGGAUCCCUAAAUCCGGAUCUCAGAAGGCUCGAGCUAAGCAUACGUGGCCGCUGAAAAGAUGGAGGUCUACUAUGGCGUUCAUAGAAGAACCUGUAGAGAUAUCAUCUGAAUAUUAUCCUGAGGAACAUCCCGAACAUGAUUCUUCAUGUGUUGAGGUUCUUGAGGAUAUCAGCGUUGGAGUCGACAGUUUUGCCGAAGUCACUUUCAAGAAAGCGCCAGCGGCCAUGGAGAUUUGCAAUCCGUUAACUACUGCGGAAUGUGCCUCUGCCACUGAAGCUGAAUUAGCAGCUUUGGCACUCCAGGAAGAAUUAUCCAGGAGUGAACAAGGGUCUCCCGACGACCAGUAUGAUGCCUUACGUUAUUUGGCUGCAAUGCCAGAAUCAGAAUUUCAAGUUGCUAGUGAAAACGUUGAAACAAAUUUGUCAUCUUCUGUUACCGAAAUGGAAGUCCUGACAUCUAAGGUUGAAAAGUCAGCUUGCCCUCCGACUCCAUCGAAGUUGUUUUCACCUGAAAGAACGCGAGGAGACGAGAAUCAGUUCGAUCAGAUGGAUUGGAUUAGAAUGGAACAUGUUCCGCAGCCGUUCUUUCCUUCCGAUUUUGAAUCAGAUCCUUGGCGUCUUCCUUUAUCAGGAACAGAGUCACUUACACCAAAACAUAUUCUAGAAAGUCCUCAGGCAGUAGUUGAGCCACCUAAUACGACUUCUCUUUACUCAAGCCUACAGGAAGAAUUGGACACUAUCGUGAGAGACACACUCGGUGACACGGUGUACAAAGUCCCAACUUCAGACACAUUACAGAAAUCUGAUCAAAGCAAUCAGAACCAAAGAACUAUCGUGAAAUUCGAGUGGCCAAAAGCGGAUGUGCCUGUUCGUAGUUAUGCUCCUGACAUUGUUCUCCCGAAACUUAUAUGUGAUAAAUCAAAGAUUCCAUUUCUUGAUAUGUGCCGAUGUAAGCGGUGCAUGACCAGGUGUGUAUAUUUCUGCGAUGAGGAAGAAUGGAAGUAUUUGUACGAUUGCGCAUUAUCCCGCCGCAAUAAGAAGGAGGGUGCUACUAAGCUACCGGAGCAAUGUUCGACAGAGGAGAUUAGUUGGAUCAGUUUGAAUUUCUUGAAGAAACCGGCUCAACAUCAUGUUGAAUUUAGCUGGACCGGUUUCUCGCAUGUGUUCGACAACCAGAGCGCUAAGGUACGCUGCGUAGAACGUACUUGUUAUGUAACCCAAAACUUCCUCAAAAGGUCAGCCCAUGCUCGCGUGGAGUUUUCUUGGCGUGUCUACCAGCACGCAUUCGAACACCGAAGUGCCAAAUUUGGCCCAAUCGAAAGGGUUUGUUCAACAACGCAAAACUUUCUUAAGAGAUCGAAUCGUCUUCGGACCGAGCACAACCAUUAUGUUACCCAGCGCUCAUUUGACUCUGUGAGCAUGAGUAUCGCCGUUGCUCCUUCAAGAAUUUGGGAAUUCUCACGGAGGUCAGCGUCAGAGGCUGUCAGUGCUCACCAUGUCGUUUAUCAGCGAAUCUUUGACAGCUGCAAAUUUCUUGUUAUGGAUUGCAAGAAGUUGUUUACAAUCGAGAAGGGGUCGUGUGAAAAUGGGACAAACGCGCUCUGGUUGGAAUACCAACAUGCAGUUGAUAAUACAUGCUUUAGUACCAGAGAAGAAGCAGAAGAUGCCGUUCUUACUAGGGAAAGCUAUGAGCGAAUGGCUGCUCGAACUGUUCUCCCUGUCCAUCAGCGUAUUCUCAUUAGAUGUUCUAUGAGCGUGUUCCCGAAGUCUUUGGACGUUGACAUUCGCUGUAGCGAAUCUGCUAUUAGUCAACAUGUUUCCGUUCCAAUGCCACGAAUUGAUUCAGAUCAACUCAAUAUUCUCGAAGUAACCCAAGCAAGAGUGAAGCCUGAUGCUAAUCACUCAACAAGAGCAAACAUCAACAUUCCUCGUGUUUCAGCUGCUCUCCUUCGUGUUAUUACAGCAGAUGCUAACUUUGACACUCCAGCGUGGAUUAUGAGGAAUUCCCUGCGCACAGCUACCAUAACUAUGCGGGAACCUCGUAUAGAGACAACCGUUUUGAACGUUUUCCAGUUGAACGUGAAAAGGGGACGAAGAGAUCCAUUACUCGUUAAAGACCUCACUCUUUCUAUUCCUCGAACGGACUCGACGUCACUUACGUUCUAUAGUUCCACGCCAGGUUUUCUACGAAGUGGGCCGCAUAUGUGUUGCGAGAUUUGCUUACCUCUAAUUGUGGAUGAAUCUACAUUCUAUACGUCAAAUCUCUUGCGGGUUCGCAGGAAGCGAAUAGGACUUUCUCAGUGCGCUAGCAUCGAUCUUCCCAUUCCACGAGUAGAAGCUGAAGUGUUGAAUGUUUGCGAGGUGACAAUUGAAAGAAAAAGAAGAGGAUUCUCUUCACGAAUUGCUAUCUCAAUUACCAUUCCUAGGCUGACAUCUGCCUUGCUCACUGUUUGCGAUGCUGUCGGUGAACAGAAACGGGAAGGUUUUUCGGAGGUUGUUGGUCGAGCAAUGCCAUUGCCUCGCAAAGAAUAUGCUGUUCUGAACGCUCUUAGGCUGAAUGUGAGACGUAAACGCCUGGGACAACUCUUAUUCUCAGAGAUAACUGUUGAUAUUCCUAGAGAAACUGUCACCUCAUUCAGCGCUACUGAUGUAGAAGUGGACCGCACACGUCUACAGGAGGAAGCGAUGUCUGAAAUUGAUAUGCGUAUACCACGGGAAGAAGACACAAGAUUAAAGAUUCUGGAACUGAGAGUAAAGCGCCGCAGAAACCCUUUUCUCGAAAACACUGAGCAUAGCUUGCCUGUUCCUAGAAUAGAAAAUGCAAUGUUAAACGUCUACGAUUUGAAUGCGAGACGACAAAGGGCAAGUGACCAGGUUUGCCUGGAACAUGCUCGUCCGAUUUCCCGCCAUUUUGGGACCGCCUGCUCCAUCAAUGAUCGCGAAUUCGAUAUUGUUCGAUCCGAAGAUCCUAUUGUCGACUAUGGCCUUACGGUGGAUGUACCGUCAGAGGAGGAUGCAUCAAUCCAUAUUUUCACUGUUAGAGUACGGCGCAGUCGAAAACAACAGUCAGAUCAUGUUACACAUAUCGAAAGAUAUUUGGACAAGGACAAUUUUGUACUGUCGAGUUAUGAGAGGGAGAACUUUUUGACGUGCAGUAGAGAUCCUAAUCACGUAAAUAAGGUCACCACUAUGGUUGUUGAUAUCCCAAGAAUGGAUGCGGAACGUCUCCAUCUCUCAACAUUAAGAGCAUCACGAAAAAGGAAGUGUACAGAAGAAACCACAGUGUUUAUUAAGAAGUUGGCUUUGGAAGACAGAGCUGAUCUAUUCCUUACUGAGAGGAGCUUUUACAGCAAUGCUGUUCGGUUUACUGAAGUCAUCUACAUUAGAGAUCCAAGGCUGCCAGAGCAGUGCUCGAACUCAUUUAUGGAAGUGUCGCAGCGAUGGAGGAAAUUUGCUCAUCAACACAUGUCAAAUCUACCGUUCUCUUCCUAUCUAGUUACUCAGUUCGCAACCUUACUACAACGAGUGUUUUCUGGUGCGCUAGACCGAGGCACUAUUACCUUCAAAGAUCUGCAUCGACUUGUUGAAAAUACUAACGGUCUUUAUGACAUUGAUGUGUUCACAAAUCCCCAGAAAGUUCUGACAUCCGAAUCUAUUUCAUCGGGUCCACUCUGGGACAUGUUGAUGAAAUUGCGGAUUCAGCGUAACUCGACCGAAAUCCUUAGUCGUAAGCUGUUGGCCCCGCUAUACAUCUUUCUGGGAGUUCCGAAUCUUCCACGGAAUGGAAGGCCUUGGAGAAAAUGGCUUAAACCAUUGGAACCAACAUCAGAAUCAAGGAUCGGGUGGCAGCUUGCGCUUUGUAUGAGAAUUCCGGAUCUCGUUGGCGUUGACGACAUGGAUUGCAAGUUACAAGCGAUUAAAAUGUGGUGGACUGUAAUGAUGUUGCGUGGCACUGUUCCGUGGUCUGUCUACCCGUGCUUCUCUCGGAGGCAGCUCUUCAUAUUAGUUCGUCUACUUGAGGUGCUGCAGGACGUGGAUCGACCUCCAUUUUCUCUCUACCCACCGAAAGCGUUCUUCAAAGCUGUGAAAAAGAUUUUGCGACAUCCUCGAUUCGAAUUGAUUCCUAAAGAUAUUUAUCAUCCUGAUGUAACUGUCAUGGUAACACUACUGAAGCUGAAACCAAACAGGGUAUUUCAAGUAGAUCGCUCUCUUCCCGAAUUACUCUCUCAUUGGCUGGAUGACAUGAAUAAAAUUGAUGCCUAUCUAGCUAGCGAUGUUGAUAUCACUCCUAUCCCGCAAUCCAAAUUUUUAACAAUGACCGAAUGGGCGUGGGCGAACUACAAUCAAGGUUGCGCUCCUGAUUGGAUUGAGUAUGAUCGGACCAUAAGCUUUGACGAAACUGUUGAAAAACUAACAGGUUGCCUUAAAGAUGUCACAUUGCCUCUGGAUCAACGUCGAAGAAUUUCUAUGUUGAAGAAAGCCCUAAUAACGUUUUCGAAGUUUGAAAUUGGUCCUGAUCUUGAUCAAGUCCCCAUCGAUAUUAUCAAUCCAUUCGCUUUAUCUGCUUCUCUAAUUUCAAAGCUGCCAAUGCCUGAAAGCUUCGUUGAAGAGUGUUUCGCCUUUCUUGAAGAGGUUGCGAAAAGGUCAAGCCAAUCACGCCAAAAUCCAGUAAAAAGAAACACAAGAAGCUUACUAAGCUGGAAAUGGAAACCAAGCGGAAGGCUGGCCUACGUUGGCAAGCAUACAAGCGAUGGCACAAAGGUCAGUGGCAAACCGACGAUUAACACAAUUUUUGAAGAGUUUUGGCGUCGAAAGGAGUUUUCAACCAUUUCCAGUAAUAGUCGAGAAGAAAGCGUGACACCUAUUUUGUCUAAUGUAGAGUUCACCAGCAUACCUGUACAUUCAACACUUCUUAAAUGCGAUUCAAAUUUAACGAAGCAGUUUGUUAGAAAGGACAUUUCUGCCAACAUAUCGACACAAGUUCCUGUAAUAUUCGCAAAUACCAAGCUAUUCAUACCAGCCAGCAAGAACACAUCUAUUAACUCGAGCCGUUCUCUUGCGGACGCUAAGAUACCUUCUGAUGCUCCAUUGCGAACAACCCUUCAUCACAAAGUUAAAUCAACCUCGGGACCUCCUGUAGUCACCGGAAAGAGAGCUACCGAGUUACGACUGUCCUCCCGGAUGCGCAAACGCAAAGAAUCCGCUAUUGACGACAACCUCUCAAAGUCUACUAGCAUAAUCCAGCGACCAGUGAAGAGAUCGAGAGUAGAGAUGCGGAAACGUACUCGUGCAAAGGGUAGUGAUGAAGAUGGCCCUUCAUCAAAACAACGAAUGUCUAAAAUGCCGGAGCACCGUAGUGCGAGGUUAAGACAUACAGUGGCAAGAAAAGGUAUGGAGACGGAAAGAAUGGUACAUGAAACUGUUUUGCGAGCUAGUGCAAUGGUAGCUGCGCAAAGCUCGAAUGCACACUUACCAGCUGUCAAAUCCAAGAAACGUCGGCGGGCGACUAACCCUCUGCAGUCUAGCGAUGAAGAAGGCGUAGUAGUCCCUUCCAAAGCGUUUCGAGUUAAGAAAAGCCGAUUCGCUACUAUUUUUGAUGUGGCAAACUUCGAAUGGGUGCUCGAGAUGUCACUGCGGCGCCCAAGAGCAUUUGUUGAUCUUUAUAAGACGAUGAGGUACCAGUAUCGAAGUCUUGAAAAGCGCCGUUGGGUUGAAAGGAAUCAAAGAUUAUACCAUAGCGUACAGUUUGACAAGUUCUUAACCGAAUGUAACCAUUCCGAGAUUGAAUUGCUCGAGAAGGCAAAACUGCUGAAGGCUGAAAAGGAUAUGGAAAAUGUACUAGGCGUCAGUAGAGCAGAUGCUACAAAAAUGGAGAAGUUUGCAACAAAGGACUUGUCGCAUUGGUAUGGUAUGAGUGCAAGAUAUGCCAAAGAAGCAGAAACUCUUGCUAGCAUCACGAUGGCCAACGCAAAGAAACUGGACGAUGCCAUAGAGGAAGUAAUAAGGAAGGAAGAAGAAGCCGAGGAAAUCCGUGUAAAGGCCGCAAGAGAACAUUCGAUACAAAAUGCUGUUGCGUUCACACUAAGAUGGAUUGUUGAGAAAGUCGUUGAGAUUGAGAGAAAAGAACACGAAAUGAACCGUUCGGAAGUGAUGGAGGAAGGACAAAACGGUAUCAACGAGAGUUUGGUUAGCAAAGAAGUAACUGCGUCUUCCAUUUCGAUUGAAUGUGAUGCUGAUGAUUCUGAUACGUCAAUACUAAGUUUAUUGUCUAUUGACAUGGAAGAAAGAGCUGACGAGGAAGUUGUGGAGAAGAUCUGCGAUGUAAUCGACGUUCCACACAUGAAAUAUGUGCAGCUAUCCGACAAGCUCAUUCCACCUAUAUUCCAUAUGCAAAGUCGUGUACCGAUCACCUCUUCAUUUGUGGCGAUUUUACUCGCAAUAGAUCUGGACUUCAAAUCGUUCAUUCCAUUCGAAGCACGUUUUAAGCGACCACGAAGGAUAGAUCACGAAACCGAUCUACUACCACCUGGUGGCUUUUCACCGUACAGUACCGAUGAAGAAUGGGAAGAAUAUUAUGAAAAGAAGGAUCGAUUCGAGAAUCGUCAUCCUUCGCCUCCGCAGUUCUCAUGGAAGUCGUGUGGUCGUGCAAACGAUGAGGGCGAUGACGACGAAUCUACAUCUGAACAAGCCCGACACGUCCAUUGUGAAUGUAGUGUAGCAUUUGAGCGAACAAAGCAAUGGGUGGAGAGUUUGGAGAGUAACACCUUGUGGAGAAGUUACUCCGAAGAGAUGUUGACGACAAACUUAAAGAAUCAAAGACGUCGGAUGUCCCUACUUCAUCCCAUCAUACGCUCUUAUUCUGCCCUUUCGUGUGUGUCCUUAGAAAAGUUGCCGAUUCUGAUACCAUUCCCAACGGAUAGUAUGCCAAAACAAUUGGACGAAGGUUAUCAAGGCUGUGGUUGUCGCAGGAGGGCGACAUCUCUGUUUAUGGAAGUGCCAAAAGUAGCAACUGAGAGAUCGUCAUCCUUACCGCCAGAAUGGAAACCUUCUUGCAGUUCAUUAAAGAUGGAGAGUGAGAACUUCAGAAUUCUCUGUGAAUCACGCCGCAAUCGGCAAAUGUACCCUCGCAACUUAUCAGCUUGCCGCUAUCGUACAUAUGGUAUCGGUGAGCAAUUUGCCAAAGAAAUACGAGUAACGCGGCGGAAACCUCACAAUGGGAUUCGCGUUCCAACUCAUCGAGAAGAAGACCCACCUAUCCAGUGGAUUAAAAGAGAUCCGUCGAACCAGCAUGAUCUGCUCAGAACGAUACGGUAUUGGCUGGAAGGGAGAAUCCAACAUAACAUCCCAGUUUUGUGGUGCACUAGAACAGAACAAAAGGAUUCGCCAAUGGUAGAUGAGGAAAUCGGGGACGAAUUGGAAGACAGUCAAGAUGUACAGGUGACAAGAGAAACUGAGCAGCGAGAAUGUCCACUUGAAUAUCCGAUUGCUGUAUACAAUCCGCCGCCCUCUUGGAAAAAGUUCAUGGAAUUGAAGCGCAAGGAGAAACGUGCUGAAAAGUUGACCGAAAGUCUAGAUCAAUCCACCGAACCAUCAGCCUUCCAACGUGUUCUUCAAAGACCACAACCUAUCGAUGUAAACAAACUGGAUGUUGCCCUGGAAUCAGAUGACGAGUCAGAAAAUAGACUUCCUGAAUGGCCGCUUCUGAAGAAACUUCGAGAGAUGGAGCGUGAACUACUCGCUGCUGGUAAUCCGAUAGCAGUUGAGAGACAGAAAGUAAGAGAAUUUAACCGCAAACUGCGAAUGGAAAUGAGUGGACAAGAGGACGUUGAAGGGCAACUUCGUCAUCUACAACAACUGUAUUUGGAGUAUUUAGCCGCUCAGCAAUUCUUUGCUGCACAGGACAAGGAAAUGAACAAAACUUUCACCGCUCGAUUAGAUGGCGAAGAUAACGCAUUCAAACACUCCGGUCGACUUACAGCUACUGAAUCUGCAAGAGAUGAUGAGGUGGUUGAUGUCACAGUGGUUGAAGAGCAGGCUAGGGAGCAACGUGCAACAAAAGAAGUGUGCGGAAAAUCAGUCCAGGAACAUUUGCAAGAGGAAAGCGAAGGAUUAACCUCGGAUCAUGCUAACAUAUGUUUUGAUGAAGAGUUAACUGAAUCAGGGAAAACUGGGCAGCUACCAGAGUCGCCAGAGUCGCCUAAUGUUUUACUUUUGUCAUCACCGGAGAACCAAGAUACAGUAUCACCGAAAGCAGGUAGUUGA